GCGCCUGCGCGGCCUUCUCCUCGCUAUUGCUUUUGGUUGCUUUCAAGGAAAUGCCCAGAUAUUGUGCGGCCGUCAGCUGCUCUAAUCGAAGUGGCCAGUUGUCAUCCGAUAAUCAGAAGUUGGGUUUCUACCCGUAAGUAGAAAAGGCAGAAACAACACCCAUGAUUGCACUGAUGUGAUCAUGUUCAUUGUCGAGGAACCUAGGUAAAGGCCCGGCCGGGUUACAUAAAUACAGGAAUAACACCAAGGUUCAGAAGAGGACAAUCAGGAAGCAAUAAUCAGGAGACACCAACUUUGUUUUAUUAAAUUUUAAACAAGACAGGAGGAAGGAAUGGCAACUCCAAUAUGCUACCAAUACGCAUGGCAUUGGAAUAGUGGAAAUUGCAAGGUUUCCACUCCAAAACAAGGAAAGACUUCACAAAUGGAUCAAAAAUAUGAAACGGGACAACUGGUUCCCUACUAAGCAUCAAUGCAUAUGUAGUGACCAUUUUACUGCAGAUUCAUUUGAAUGGCGCUGGGGUAUCCGUUAUUUGAAGCCGCAUGCUAUACCAACUGUUUUCUCAUUUCCAAAUCAUCAACAGAAGAAGCAACUGUGUUCUCGAUAUAUUCGUAGCAAAAAUAUUUUGCCUAGAAGAGCAUCAGAAAUAAAUCUGGAAAUUUUUGGUCCUGCUGCAACAGAAGAAAUAACAACCAGUGAAAGAUUAGAAUUGUCAGUUCCUAAUGCAGAGUGUGAUGAGCAAUUGCAAAGGAAUUCAGAAGGUAACAUUGCACCAUCUCAGUCUGUUGGAAAUCCAGAACAAAAUUUUCAAGACACAUCAGCUGAGCCCUUCACAAUGCUAAAAGAGUUUGAAAUGAACCAAUUGUUGAAUGAUCAACAGUCCAUUGUCACUGAGGUCCUACAAGUUGAACAUUCGUAUUGUAGACAGGAUACUGGCAAGGCCCAGCUUUGGGAAAAGAUUUUCAGAUUACAGAAGAAGUUAAAAAAACUGCAGCAACAAGAACAAGGGACUGCAGCAAAGCUGAGGAGAAUGGAAAACCUGAUUGAGCAGCUAAAAACAGAGAAUCUUACUUCUGAAGUAAAAAUAAAGGUUAUGGAAAACUGUUUCACAGCAUUUGAGUUAACUGUGUUAUAAUGAAUGUAAUAAUUGAUUCUUUUAAAGUAAAAGUCUUUUCAUGGGAAUUGUGUACUUCUGGACAGCAAAAAUCUACCUUGAAAAUGUAAUACCUUUCAUAGUCUUUAAAAUAUUCCUAAAACUUGCUACUGCUUAGAUUACAGUGCACUAUUCAAUAAAGAAUUUGAUCUCCAGAAA